AUGGAGGAAGACUACAUAAGAGUGAUUAACAUAACAGUGUUUGGAGUAUUCUCAUGGGGUCUGAUUUUCAUCGUCCUCCGUAGAGUUUUCUCAAAAUACUCAUUCGAUUUCAGCACUCGUAUUGUCUCGGCACUUCAUGCCACAGUUGCUGUCGUCUUAGCAACUCUUACAGUUCAAGAUUGGUCUUGUCCAGUUUGUCCCACUGCUUCCAAGUCAACUAUCCAGCAGAUGGAAACGAUGGCGUUUUCGUUGUCUUACAUGAUCUAUGAUCUCAUUUGUAGUCACUUUGAUCAAGUCCUAAGCAUUGAUAAUUCGGUUCAUCAUUCUAUCUCCAUUCUUGGUUUCGUAGUUGGACUUUGCUCCCGAGAGUGUGGAUCUGAGAUAGUGGCAGCAUUGUGGAUAGCAGAGAUCUCGACUCCAUUUCUUAACCUCAGGGUGAUUCUAAAAGAGAUUGGUUAUAGAGACACCGAUCUCAAUCUUGCCGCUGAUGUGUGUUUUGCAAUAAUCUUCUCAUUAGCGAGAAUGGUGGGUGGACCUUAUCUCGUUUACGUCACGAUAUCAGCUCAUAAUCCCUUCCUCAUCAAGGCAAUGGCCUUGGGAUUACAACUCGUGAGCGCUUUCUGGUUCUAUAAAAUCCUCAAGAUGAUGAGAUACCAACUUACUAAAAGAUCAAAUUCCCACUGAAAAUUUACUUGGCUGAAGUUAAUUUACUAGAAAUUGAUGGAUCCAAAAUUCAUCAUUUUAAUAAUACUUGAAUGUUUAAAUUGAUAUAUUCCAAAUUUUAUGGUCAAAUUAAUAAUGAGAACUCAUAAGCUUUCUCUUGUAUGAGUGUGU